CGGAAGUAAACAGAAGAAAUCUUUCGUAUCAAAAGGAGAGAAAAGGUCAGCUCAUGUAUCCAAGAAACAAUAUGGCGACGGCAUGGCUAGAAAAAUUAAAAUCUGCGCAAAAAACAUGCCUAAUUCAAGACGAUAAGCGGAAAAUACACUUCACAUUUCCUGAUGGAACAGAAAUGGCAGAGGAAUAUGACCUACAAAGCAAAGAGCUUUUUGUUAGGAAGUGGAGAAAGAAGGGUACAUUAGGCGGUUCGGGAAAGUGGGAGACCGAAGUUGGAGAUGAAACUUUGCUUAGGAACCUGGAAGUUGAUGGAAUGAUGGAGAAUUAUUCAAAUCCCAUUUUUGUGAGAAAAGAUACGAAGACAGACUUUCAGUGGCGGAUACGUAACUUACCAUAUCCCAUCUGUAACUACAAUGUUACAAUAGAUGGGGAAAAGAGGCAGGUGGUUGUACGCACUGAAAACAAAAAGUAUUACAAAAGAUUCAACAUCCCAGAUAUGGAUCGUCUGAACUUGGAUCUAAAAUCAGAUCAGUUAUCUAUAGCACAUGCCAACAACACUCUCGUCAUCUCUUAUCAUAAGCCACAAGCAGUGUUGGAGGUGGAAAGAACAUUGCAAGAAGAGUUCAAGAAGAUGAAAGCUGCUAAAGAUGGAGAUGUUGACUGCAACCCCAGCUGAUGUCGUUGAUGACAAUAAGAACUGCUGUUAAUUGAGUUAAAUAUUAUAAGGCUCUUUUUACUGUCAGGAUGAAUACAUUAUUAAAUGUUUGUCAAUUUCAGGACACAUGUACACAUUUUUUUAUUGCUUGGUUUACUGAUGUGGAAGAAGCUUAGCCUGUAUAUUAAUAAUGCAUGCUCAAGGCAACCAUUGUCUUUAUUGGGUUUUUUUUUUUGUUUUGUUUUGUUUUUUUGUCAUUGAAAAUCACUGUCAUGGACUCAGGUCUAUCUCCGUAUGUGUACACCCAUGCUUUAAGAAUAAUUUAAGCAUGAAUAAUAAAAGACAUAAACAUUUCAUUCUGGAAAGAAUAUUUCUGAUAAAGUAUUUUUACCUACCCAGUUUCAGAAACAUGCCAUCUUACUAAAAUUCAUUGUAGAAAUAGGAAGGCACAGUGAAGACACAUGCUGGGUUAUUUUCCGUAUUGUCUAGUGAAUGGAAAAUCAACAUCAGUUUGGUUGGAAACAUGCACAAUUUGGAAAAGAAAUCUGUCUUUAAUUUCAAAUAAAACUAAGUUCAAAAGAAUAUUAAAGUUAGACAUGAAUGUUUUCACAUUUUUAUUGUUUCAUAUCAGCAUCAUGGAAGAUUCCCCUAAAAAAAAAAAAAUCAUAAAGAAAAGAAAAAUCUCUAUAAAACUUCGCAUCAAUAUCAGCUACAUCAAAAACUGAGGACGUUACUAAAAAUGAGCACCUGUGGCAACUAAUUUGAUGUAUGGUGGCUUGUUAGGAAGAACAUAGUUUAGCAUCAUGUUUUGGAGUCAAUUGUUAUAAACAGUUUGCACUGGAACAGAAAACAAGCUAAGCAUUAGUGUAUCAAGUACACUGCAUUUCAAUGGCUUUGUCCAUUUACACAUGGAUGUGAUGCCAGCAAACAUUGUGGUUGAGAUGGAAGUUAUUCUGGAAAUCUGGAAGAUAUUCUGGAAAUCAGGUACUUAGCAUCUUAGAAAACUUAGAAAACUAAUUCACUUCAGAAGUGAUAUAAAAUCAACUGCUACUAGUUUAGAAAAGCAUACAGUUUAUGCUUGAAAAGUGUACAUUAUGUCAAUCACAACCACAUAUACCUCAGAUGUAGAACAGUUUUAUUGGUGCUGUUUGAUUCAUCUCAUAGCAUAUUGUGGUUGACAAAGCAGGACAGAUUCUAAGAACAGCUUAUGGUGCCUUUCCAGGAGUCCAGACAUUCCUGAUACACAAAAGCUUAUGUGGGUUUCAUGCAUUUAUGGUGAGCUACAGAUUCCCCCCCAAAAAAAAAGGAGUCUUCUACAAUGCCCUAAAAGAAUAUGACUUUUACUAUUCCUUAUUUGCCCUUUAAACGUAAGCAAAAACUUGGGGUCACGUACAUGAAAUGAUUAAAGUUCGAAGCAUGCAAAGUCUUUAUAGCAUAGUGCUGAUCAGUGUUGAUUAAGAGAAAACAUUUAUAGUUCUCUGAAAUAUGAAUGCCAAUGAUAUAAACAUGGGAGAUGAA